UCAGGAGUGGUCGGUGAUCUCUCAGUUCUGCUGAAGCGACCAGCGAUUUCUUAUUGCUAAGACGACGGAAAUCUUGGAUUUCUGAGACAUUUUUUUAUAGUGGAGUGUUAUUAUCGAAGGGGGAAAGAGAAUAGGACAAAAUGGCUGAGGCGGGAGAACCUUUCGUUUGCAUCACACAGAAUAUUCGGGGCCGGACAUCUUGCACCAGAGAUACCUCGCGUCUGCGGAACACGCAGCUGGCCGUGGCUGCUCAUCAUGGCCACAUGAGGUGCGUUAAAAUCCUCGUCGAAGAAUACGAAUCGGACAUCGACGCCCCCGGAUUAGUUUCUAUCACCGGGCGAUAUAUUUCCGGAGCUCCUGCGUUAUGGUGCGCAGCUGAAGGUGGCCAUGCGCACGUUGUUGCCUAUCUACUGGGCAAAGGCGCCAAUCCGAAUAUAACCACCGAUUACAAGGCCACUCCGAUGAUUUCUGCAGUUAACAAUAAUUACGUGCACAUCGCCAAAAUUCUUCUCCAGUAUGGGGCUGAGAUAGACUCUGCGAAUUCCCAAGGGGUCACCGGUCUGAUGCAUGCUUCCUGCAACGGACACGUCGAAGCUGUGGAGUUCCUCUUGAAAGCUGGAGCUGACGUGAACCGGAGGAACGUGGACGGGAAGAGUGCGGUGUAUAUGUGCGCCGCGUCUGGACAUCUUCCAGUGCUUAAACUUCUGCUCGACCGCAAUGCUCGUUUGGAUUCAGACUCCUUUGGAAUCACACCUUUGAUUGCGGCCUGCUCCGCUGGCCACGCGCACAUAAUGGAACACCUGUUGAAUAAAACAAAUCUGAUACCGACUAUGGAAGCAAUCGAUGCAAUGGAACUUCUCGGGGCAGUAUUUGCUAAUAAGAGGGAGGUUAUGAUAGCUAUCCAGUACUGGCAAAAAGCAACGAGGCAGAGGUACGUCGACGGAGCUCUGGUUUACCCUAAGGCACAGGAGCCUCUCGUGCAAAGUGGGGAUUUCCGGGAAUUCUCGACUCUGGAAGAGUUGGAGGGACUGGAAACGAAUCGGGAGCAGAUGCUGGUGCAGUCCCUCCUCGUGAGGAUUAGGGUUCUAGGGACGGAACACUUAGAGACGAUGAUCAGCUUCCGGGCCAAAGGAAUCGAUUACGCAGAUGAACGCGAAUUCCAGCGUUGCUUCGAUCUGUGGAUGUUCGCCCUGGCCACAAAGCAACAUCGUCCAGAACCGCUGAGCGAAGGGAGGCUGUUUCACAUUAAGUCGCUCAUCGGACUGUAUACCUACGUGAUCAACACCAGCCCCGAAAACGCCAGAGACACAUGGCCAGUGGUACACUUUGAUAGCUUACUGCGUCUGUUCGAGACCAUUACCGAUGCGACAGAAUCUGUCAUGUCACAUGUCCGUGAAAGCGCUGGACAACCCGCGUCUGUAGCCAGGAAAAGGAUUAAAUAUUACAAUCGCCUUUGCCGCAUUAUCACGCUGCUAAUGCACUUGUUAUUAUCGCUAACAAAAUUGCGGCGCAGCCUCAAAGAGGUUCAGUGGAUCGCAGCGAAAAGGGAAGUCUAUAAUUUGGUGAAGGCGAAGCCCAGGGAUUCCGUAGGUUCAACUCUGCUUCACAUGGCCUGCUCUACUUGUCUCCAGAUGGAUAACACAAUGGUCCCCGUCGUUAUCUUUCCUAAUCUGGAAGUGAUAGAGCUCCUGCUCGACACUGGGGCAGACCCUCGGGCACCUGAUCACGCGGGCGACACUCCCCUCCACACUCUAGCCAAGAACGUGGAGUGUUCCAGAGAGAUGACGCUAGCUCUUCUCAACGCUGGCGCUCACCUGGACGCAAAGAACUAUCAGGGGCAGACCUUCCAGUCCCUGAGGGCCCAGCGGGGGCAGCAGCUCCACGAGCUAGUGAAUCCUUUGCCCUACACCUCUCUGCAGUGCAUGGCAGCAAGGGUGAUUCGUAAACACGGCAUCCUUUACCGGUCAGUCUUACAUCCCCGACUCUCUGCAUUUGUUGACAUUCACUGAUUUUCAUUGCCUGUCUGUAUGUGUGAUGCUAGUUUCAUGUCCUCUACCCUGUAAGAAAUGUUUAAAUAGCACUGUCUUUGGGGAUUUUUUUUUUUAAGCUACUUAAAUUUUUGUUUUUAUCUUUACGUGAAUGGAAGUUAUUAGUCUAAUACAGAUUUUACUUUAGUUAUAAACAUACGAGGAAUUUUGGGGUCUGAAUUGUGAUCAAAGCUACAUAUAUUUCUAGAAUGCGUCCAUUUGCUUUACCCGCGGCAAAUGCGACAUUAAUUUGAAACAAAUUUUCUUUUAUCGGAGUGACAAUAUCAUUAGUGUAAUGUUGUUAGUUUUUUUUUCUGUAUACAGAAAAUAGGUUUUGGCAGAAUGAUUACUGAAGGUUUGAAAUUACUUGGGUAUUCACUUACCCAUUUUCAAGUAAUUGCCAUUAAUUGUGUACUUUAUUUUACUUAGUUUUAUUGAUAGAUUAAGACAGUAGUACUUUUAGGUAACAAACAUUUGUUAUUGUUUUCCCUUUUAUAUUAUAAUUCAAUUUCUUUUAAUAAGACUGAGAAAUAACAUUAACUUUCUGUAAU